ACACAAACCAAAAGGCAACACCUAUCAACUCGAUCAUCAACUUCAUAGCAUUCUCAUCAAUACGUACCACUGCUAGCUAGCUAUAUAUCCCGCCCACCAUGGCGACCUUUCUGAUGAAGACGAUCCUGCUCAUAUUCGUCGUAGCCACCACGGAAACAGAGGCUGCUACUACUACUACUACCAAGCCGUCCCAGAGGCUGAGCCGCUUCCUCAAAGACGAGACCACCGUCGACGGAACCCCAGGGUACGGAGGCAACAACGGCAACGGCGGCGGAGGCAUCGGGCAGACCAAGAACCCGAGGGCGGCGGACCACUGCAACAAGGACCCGGGGCUGUGCCAGGAGCUGUACGGGAAGGACUUCGACUGCUGCAACAACAAGUGCAUCGACGUCACCGCCGACAAGCAGAACUGCGGCGGGUGCAAGAACAAGUGCGCCUUCAAGGACGACUGCUGCGGCGGCCAGUGCGUUUAUCUAUCUCUCGACAAGCGCCACUGCGGCAAGUGCAACGCUCCUUGCGCCAGCCCGCAGCUCUGCGUCUACGGCAUGUGCAACUACCCUUGAAUGAAGCUCUCGAUCGAUCGAUUUACACAACUAUAUAUUAACAGAAAAUGAUCACACUAUUGAAAUGUCAUAACUAUUCUUUUUGGUCGAAAAAAUGUCGUCAUAAAUAUUUUGUACGUAUGUAACUAACUAAUACUUGUCGAAAUAUAUUAUAUCAUAAUUUGGUAUAUAAUUGCAAUAUAAAAAUGUCAUAAAAAU